AUGACGGUCGCCGAGGAAAUGGAGGUCGAGGGGCAGGGAAUGAAGCAGACGUUGAAGGACUUGUUUUCAGGUGCUUGCGGCGGCAUCGCUCAGGUCUUGCUAGGCCAGCCUUUUGACAUCGUCAAAGUCCGGCUCCAGACCACAUCCCAGUACUCGGGCGCGCUCGACGCCGCGACCCAGAUCUGGAAGAACGAAGGCCCUCUGGCCUUCUACAAAGGCACGCUGACGCCGCUGAUCGGGAUUGGUGCCUGCGUUUCUGUUCAAUUCGGCGGCUUCCACUUCGCGCGCCGAGCAUUCGAGCAGCGCAACGUCGAGAGAAACGGAAAUGCUCAUCUGUCUUACGGGCAGUACUACCUUUCCGGCGCGUUCGCCGGCAUUACCAACACCUUUCUCUCCGCACCCAUAGAGCACGUCCGCAUUCGAUUGCAGACACAGCCGCAUGGUGCGGCGAGGCUUUACUCAGGACCUCUGGACUGCAUGCGCAAGCUCUCAGCCCACAAUGGUGUGCUCUCCGGCCUGUACCGUGGAUCUGUCGUUACGGUUUUGCGCGAGGCUCAGGCGUACGGCGUGUGGUUCCUUACGUACGAGUACCUGAUGAACGCGGAUGCGCGGCGCAACAACAUCUCGCGCGAUCAGAUUAGUACCCCCAAAAUUGCAUUCUACGGUGGCCUUGCAGGAGAGAUGCUGUGGUUGGCCAGUUAUCCAUUUGAUGUUGUCAAGAGCAAGAUGCAAACGGAUGGGUUUGGAGAGAAUCAGCGGUACAAGACGAUGCGAAGUUGCUUUGCACAGACGUGGAGAGCUGAAGGCAUGCGAGGGUUUUGGAAAGGGAUUGGCCCGACUCUGCUGCGAGCCAUGCCUGUUUCAGCCGGUACCUUUGCUACUGCCGAAAUCACUAUGAGGCUUAUCAGCUGA